UGAAGUGAUUCCUAUAUGCAGAUAGACCUAAAUUCUGUCCUGGUGUACACUGCCCUGAAGGAGAGGAAGGUGAUCAGGAACAAUCAACAUGGAUUCACCAAGGGCAAGUCAUGCCUGACCAAUCUGAUUGCCUUCUAUAAGGAGGGAGUGAUGGUGGCCAAGAAAGAUGUUCACAUGUCUAAACACCCAGAGCUGGCAGACAAGAAUGUGCCCAACCUCCAUGUCAUGAAAGCCAUGCAGUCACUGAAAUCGCGUGGCUACGUGAAGGAGCAGUUUGUUUGGAGGCACUUUUACUGGUAUCUGGCCAAUGAGGGUAUCCAGUAUUUUCAUGGUUAUCUUCAUCUACCUGAGAUUGUGCCUGCCACCCUAUGCCGUAGCCACCCUGAGACUGGCAGACGGCGGCCCAAAGGUCUGGAAGGUGAACGCCCUGCUCGUCUUACUCGGGGAGAGGCUGACAGAAAUACCUACAGACGCAGUACCGCUCUACUUGGUGCUGACAAAAAGGCUGAGGCUGGUGCUGGAGCAGCUACUGAAUUCCAGUUUAGAGGUGGAUUCGGUUGUGGACGUGGUCAGCCUCUUCAGUAAAAUUCUCUGGUCAUGUUUUUGUGUAUAAUAAAAUAGGUGGAAAUCUCAAAAAAAAAAAAAAA